AUGGCCCGAGUCUGGUUCAUCACUGGUUCUUCUCGAGGAGUUGGCCGCGCCUUGGUCGAAAAGAUCCUCGAGUCAGGCGAUGUCGUUGUCGCAACUGCUCGCAACCCAUCUCAGCUCGACGACAUUGUCGCCAAGUAUGGAUCUGACAAGAUACUCGCAACUGCCCUUGAUGUAACAGACUUUGAACAAGCCAACAAGGCAGCCAAGGAAGCUGUUGACAAGUUUGGCCGCAUCGACGUUGUCGUCAACAACGCCGGCUACGCAGACAUGGCAUCCAUCGAAGAUGCAGACAUCAAAGGCUUCCGCGAGCAGGUUGAUGUCAACCUUUUCGGAGUCGUCAAUGUUACGAAAGCCAUAGUGCCCAUCAUGCGCAAACAAAAGUCCGGCCACGUUAUUCAAGUCUCAAGUGUCGGAGGCCGUGUCGGUACACCCGGAGCAGCAGCUUACCAGAGUGCCAAAUGGGCCGUUGGAGGAUUUUCUACUGUCCUAUCACAAGAAGUGGCCCCCUUCGGUAUCAAGGUCACUGUUGCCGAGCCAGGUGGCAUCAAGACUGACUGGGCCACCACUGCCACUGAGACGGCCAAGGUCAGCGAGCCUUAUGAGCAGACUGUUGGCCAGAUGAUCCAGCUGGUCAAGGGACACUCAACGUGGACGGAGGCGUCUGAGAUAGCUAGAGCUAUUAUUCACCUUUCGAAUGUGGAGGACCCCCCAUUAAGAAUCAUCUUGGGCAAGGAUGCGCUCCAAUAUGCCCACAUGGCGGCCAAGGCUCUUGCUGAAUCUGAUGAGAAGUGGGACAGUGUCUCAAAGCUGGAAUUUUGA